AUGUUUCUCGCCACAAUCAAACUUUUCUCCUUCCUGAUAAACCCAGAGUUCUGGGCCAGGACCGGCUUCUUCGUCGGCUACAUUAUCGCUUUCCUCCUCGUCUUGGAAGUCGUGCGUCUAGCCAGCACAGAUGCGAACCGCAAAGAGGUCGAGAAGCUCCUAGAUGCGUAUGCUGCGUCGAGAAGUGACGUGCCUGUGAGAAGACGCCGAGAAGAGACUGCUCCAGUGAAGAAGGUGGUGCAGGUAUCCAUUGAUGAAUUGGAAGACAUGGAGAGGAGAAGUGUGAUUGCCGAGCAGGAAAGACAGACACAAGAACAUCAAGAACGAGAACGGACACGCACUCCUAGCCCUGCAGCGGCGCGGACACCAGAGUCCAAACACACCGAGGAGAAGCGCAGACGCAGAACGACGUCUACGUCCGUAGCUCCACAUGCUACUUCUCAGUCCCACUCACACCCGCAAACCAACUCUUCUUCGAGUCCUACCCGCCGUCUACGGAAGCGCAGCGACACACUCAACUCGUCCAGCAGCGCAGAAGCCAAGGGCACUGCCGUACGGAGGCGCAGGGAAGCUUCUCCCAUAGAGUCCAAGACACGAGAAUCGAGACAUGCAAGUCCAACACCGAGAUCGAGAAGUAAGGAGGCCAAGAUACUAGGUGGAUCAUUAGGCAAGAUGCUGAGGAGCAGAGGCUGA